AUGUUCUCGCAGGAUGACGUUAGUUCUUUAUUUAACAAUGCGUCGAGGGCUCUGCAGCGCUCCCAGCUCUUGCUGGAGGAGCGGACACGUGGAGCGCCUUUGGAGAAGCCGUCAGUGAUGCCGAAGUCGCCGAGUUUUGAGGCGGCACUGCGUGCUCUGCGUAGUCUCAUGGAAUUUACGGCAUUUCUUGAUGCCUCCGAAAGGGUCGGCGAGCGGCUGAGGGAGGAGUCGCGGCAACCGUCGACUGUGAUGGUGAAGGAGCGCUCCAAUGGCGGCAUGUGUCCCCUCCUGCGUCGAGUUGUUGACGGUCUCACAGGCGUUCAGGCGAUGUGGACCGGCGAUGGUGGAGCCGCGACGAGUCUGAUGGCAGGAGGCGCAUCGGUUACGUCGCAGUUGGUGCUCGCCGGGCUUUUUGCGGACUGGAAGCAUGGCGCCUCCAGGGCGGCAGAGCAGCGCGAUACGGUCCUGCAGCAGAUGCUGCAACUGGACAGGGUGCCGCCGCUGGAUAAACUGAGGAAGGAUGACUUCUUGGAGCUGCUGAGCAGGGCCAAGGCAGGUAUGCCCGAGGAAAUUGCGGCCGAUUUGGAUGCUCAGGUUAUGCGUGUUGCGUGUAGUUUAACGUGCGAUUUGAACGUGCCGAAGACAACCGCACCGCUGAACGCAUUGCUGUUGUUUCCAACAUUAAUUCCCCACAUUGUACAAAACGCCCCUCCGCUACUUGCCGUUGAGUACAUUCUUAAUCCAUUGGAACGUGCGGCGGCAGGACUGUUGCCCAUAUAUCUCUCGGAGAGUCCUUCUGAAUUUAUUCAAGUAUCUAGACAACUUGUGCACCACGUUGUGCUUGUGGGGAUGUACGCGGCCUUUGGCCUAAAGCUCUCUUCCGCGAGUGAUGUGCAGCGCGUGGCCAGAUUCACAAAACGGCUUUUUGAUGCGCUUCUUAUGCCAGUCGAGGGUGCCUUUGCCGCUGCAUUACCCCGUGCCGGUAUGACGUUUGCUUUGCACCAAGGGCUUGCCGAGUCGUUAUGUCGUUUGGUGCGUUCGUGGAGAAAGCAGGAGGAAGGCAAAAGGAGUGUAAAUGCUACGGAAGCAACAACAGCAACAAAAUUGUCAUCAUCAACAUUGUCCGUGGCGGGCACGCAGCAAUUGAUGCCAGUUUGGUGUACUGCCAGUUACCGUGCUCUUUUAGUUGUGGAGACAGUCGCAAAUGCGGAGCUGGGCGUUGUGACGGGUCGUGGAAACGCCGCGUCGCAGCAGAAGAAAUACUAUUCCAUGUUGCAGCAGUCGAAUGGGCGAGUCACCGCCACCAUUCUCUCCACUGUUACGGAGGAUAGACAAUUGUUAUUCGAGGAGACGACGACACGAUCGGCGCAAGGACACAAGGUGUACCGCAUUCAUGAAGGAGGUACCGGCCCGGUUGUCUAUGUGUAUCUUGAUAACGGCAUUGUUUAUAUGAAAGUUGGACGUGAACGUCUAUUCCGCCGAGCCAAGGGCGUUGAGGAUGUUUUCAGGGUAUUUCCCGACUCUUCGUCUUAA